CUACUGCAUCAUUUUGAGAGAAAGGAAGGGGAUUCUGAUUUCAUAUUAACAUUGAAAAAUGCUGUUGGACAGAAUCUUGCAACACGAUAUACUGACAAUAAUGUGCGAAUGUUUUUAGAGGAAUCCAGUGCUUUGGAUCCACGAACCAAAGGCAAGCCAUGUAUUCAAGCAGAAACUUGGGAAAGACUGGAAGACAAGUUGUCUGUGAUGGACUUAAAUGUUAAUGCAAUCAAGACAGAGGCAGAUGCUAGACCAGUGAGACCAGUCAACAUUCCACAAGUAAAUCACAUUCCUCUGCCAGCACUUCCAACCAUUCCUGAUCACCUCAGGUCUGGUAGUUCAACUGAGGAUGAUUCAGAUAAUGAGAUUUCAAAACCUAGUGAACAAAAAGUACCAAGAACUGCUUUGGAGUCUUUGUUUGGGGAUGAUGAGGUUUUAGUCACAGGUGAAGAAUUCAUAACUCCUGCUGAAUUAGCAAGAAAAGAGGUAGAAAGCUACAAGGGACAUAAACCAGCCUCGAUGAAAGAAAACCCCUUAGCAUGGUGGAAGGAAAAUGAAGUUUAUUUUCCAAAACUUGCCAGGCUUGCUCGCACAUACUUUUGUGUACAGGCAACAUCUGUUGCCUCAGAGAGAGUGUUUAGUACUACAGGAGACAUUGUUUCUGCAACGAGGAUUUUCUAG